AUGGUUGACGAAGUAACGAAAAAAACUCUUUCAAAUAUACCAUUACUAAAAACAAAAGCUAGUCCAAGAGAUGGCGAACAAUGGAGACAGCGUUUGAAAGAAGAACUUCAGUCAUUAAUUCAGUAUGUGAAAAGUAAUAAAGACGCUGAUAAUGAUUGGUUUCGUUUGGAAUCGAGUCAGGAUGGCACGAGAUGGUGGGGCAAAUGUUGGUAUAUUCACGAAUUAUUACGUUAUGAAUUUGAUAUUGAAUUUGAUAUACCAGUCACAUAUCCAACAACAGCACCUGAAAUAGCCAUACCAGAAUUAGAUGGAAAAACAGCAAAAAUGUAUCGAGGUGGAAAAAUAUGUUUGACAGAUCAUUUUCAGCCAUUAUGGGCAAAAAAUGUGCCAAAAUUUGGUAUUUCACAUGCGCUAGCACUUGGACGUAUUUUUGAUAACGCCUUUUCAAACGAAAAUAUUAGUGAUACCUGUUGGAUUCUAAAUUUCAAUAUGUCAGCUGAACAGAAAACUAGUGGUCAUGGUGAUAAUGAUAGUGAAAAAACCGUUGACAAUUCCGAACAUAAAGAUAAGAAAGAAAUUGGAAGUAAAAUAUCCGGUCAAACAGGGCCUGAAAUAUUGGGUGGUUCUUGUGCCAGCAGACUAGCUGGUCAACCCGACAACGAAUUACGUACAGUUGGACAUUUAUUUGGUAUUGAUAAAUCUACAGCAGUUGAUAUUCUUCAUCAGUUUUGUAAAGCUGCUGAGACAGAUGUUUUAUUACUUCUUUCUGAUUUGAGGAGCAACGAUAUCUUUCUCCCGUUUGUAUCUAUAAGGCUUUUACUUCGAAAAUCGAUGUUACCAAAAGAAAAAGUGACCCAGAGCCAAGCGCUUGAAUGGUGUCAAAGGUUUUUAUGCGGUGCGUGGACAUCAAUUAGUGUUGAUCAGUUCAGAAUGCAGCGGCUUCAAGUAUAUGGUGAAAGUCAUCAAAAACAUCGUGGUACAUUAUUGAUUGACAGCGUUGUAUGUACAUUGUUAUCGGAAAGACGUUUGGGCCCACAUGUUCAUGGCAUAUUUCCAGAGGGAAGAUUAGAAGAGUUUGUUGAAGCUGAAUGUUUACUUGUAAAUGAAAUACGUGAUGAAAUCAUUUCAAGACAAAUUGCUCAAAUGUUAGGCGAACUGCAUCAAUUGGAUAUGCCACUGGUGAAAGAACCGAUUUGGUUAUAUAAAACAAUCGAUCAUUUUAUCUCAGAUUUACCGUCGGAUUUACAUAAAUUUGAAAUUGUUGAAGAUCAACAUAUAUUUCAAGAAAUUCGCGCUGUAUGCAAUUUUCAUGAAGAAGCAGCCGAAUUAAAGAAAAUAUUGGCAACUAUCGAGUCACCUGUUUGUUUUACACAUAAUGAUUUUCAACCGGGAAAUAUUUUAAGAAUUAAUACUUUUCCAGAAAAGCUAACUGUGAUUGAUUUUGAAUAUUGUAGUUAUAAUUACAGAGGAUUUGAUAUUGGAAAUCAUUUUUGUGAAUUUAUAUUUGAUUAUAAAUCGGCAAAAGGAUGGCCAUUUUUUAAUUUUAACUAUGAAUUAUAUCCAAAUGAGAAACAACAAUUAAAUUUUAUCAAUUCAUAUAUUGAAGCGAUAAUCAAUUAUCAAGAACAAGAGAAAGCAGCUCAGAAUGUGGUGACAAAUGGAACACAUGAUAUUGAUCAUAAUAAUGAUAGUGUGUCAAAUACAAAUAAUUCAGCGUCAGUUGCUUCACAUCAAUCAAAAUCAGUUACUUUUCUUCCAUUAAAUAACAUUGAUCAAACAGAAUUAGCGAAACAAAUUAUGAAAGAAGCAAAUUAUUUUGCACUAGCAUCACACUUCUUCUGGAGUUUGUGGGCUAUAACAAUGGCGUCAACUACAGCGAUCAAAUUUGGAUAUAUGGAGUAUGCUCGUACAAGAUUAACAGCAUAUUAUAUUAUAAAAGAAUUACUAAAAAAUAAUCAGAUGCCACCAUUUGUUACCGAGAGUCUUUUACAGUCAACAACAAAUCCAUUUCAAGAAUCGUAUAUUAAAUCAACAAUGCAAAAUGGUGUGUUAGAGAAUGAUGGUAAAAGUAGUGAGUGA